GGAGGAAAUAGCCUAACUGGCCGCUUUGUUUAGAUGAACACCUCGAAGUAAAUUACCUCGCUCCUAUAGGCAGGCAGUAGUAAAGAAAGAAAUACUCCGUAAAGAGUCGUAGCAUGGUCAAGUUUGUAUACUCCGUAGUCAAUGAAAGCAGUCAGGAUCGGCAUCAGGGCAAGGCAAGGCACGUGGAGCAAAUCCGAUUUGGCCGAGCGCCCGACUUGCGCUCAUCCAGUUUCUAAUUUCUCUUUCACGAACAACCAAGAAUUUGGCUUCGCUGCUCAAAUUUCCGAGUGAUUAAUUGUUACUGGGACCUAUCGUCAUCCAGGCGCGAAUGAAAGGGUAAUUGCUCCGAACCACGAGGAAGAAGUUUUCAUGUUGACCCUUGGCAGGCUGGAGAAUAGCUCACAUGUUGAAACCUAGACUGUCGCAGGCAAGCGCCAGGAACGGGGCUCCACCCCUGACUCGCUAUGGUCACAAAGAAACCCUGCUUUAGUGAGCCUUCCGUCUUAGGGCCAUGGAUGCGGUCUUCGUUCUGGACAGCGCUAGCUCCCAAAUAGUCCCCCGUUCCUGGUGGAGUGGACUCGUUCUUCAACGCUGGAACUUACCGGCGCGUCCUUGGACAAGGCCCCGGUGCUUGUCUUUCAUCAAUCUCAGACUCCGUGGCCUUCACUCGACCAAUCUCCACCUAUCAGAGGGGCUCCGAACCAGUCAGAUCGGAGAAGAGCUGUCAGACAAUCUAUCAAAGUGCCGCAUUAACGCCUGCGACGAACCUUUCAUUAAUCGUUCGAAGCACACCGUCUUGGUCUGAGCGCCGGCGGGGGGAGUUUAGACGGACAGAUGGGCAACAGCCAUAAUCAUAUAAAAAGCUGGUCCUUCACGAUGCUGAAUCGUCUUCUCUUUCUUCUUUCUCAUCACCACCGCAUUCAUUUCUUUCCAGGGUCUCAGAACCUUCCGUUCUCUCAUUUUUUCUCUUUUCGGCUUCAUUGAUUGAAGACCAUUCUUUUCGUCAUUCUUUAUUAUCCCACCCAUUCGGUCUCUUAACUCGAUUACGCUGUGCGUUAAUCACUUUCACAUACAACAUGUCUAUCGCUAAGAUCGCUGGUGUUGUUCUCGGAUCGGCCGCUCUGGUCGCCGGUCACGGUUACGUCUCGGGUGCCGUUGUCGACGGCAAGUACUACGGAGGAUACAUCGUUACCUCCUACGCCUACACCGACAGCCCCCCCGACACCAUCGGAUGGUCCACCGAGGCCACCGACCUGGGCUUCGUUGACGGCAGCGACUACUCCAACGCCGACAUCAUCUGCCACAAGAGCGCUAAACCCGGUGCCAUCUCCGCUGAGAUCGCUGCCGGUGGCAAGGUCGAGCUGCAGUGGACCGAGUGGCCCGAGUCUCACCACGGCCCCGUCAUCACCUACCUGGCCAACUGCAACGGUGACUGCUCUAAGGUCGACAAGACCUCCCUCGAGUUCUUCAAGAUCGACGAGAAGGGUCUGGUUGACGGCAGCGAGGCCCCCGGAACCUGGGCCUCCGACGAGCUGAUCAGCAACAACAACAGCUGGACCGUCACCGUCCCCGACAGCAUUGCUGCCGGCAACUACGUUCUCCGUCACGAAAUCAUCGGUCUCCACUCCGCCGGCAACAAGGAUGGCGCCCAGAACUACCCCCAGUGCUUCAACCUGAAGGUCACCGGUGGUGGCAGCGACAAGCCCGAGGGCACCCUUGGUACCAAGCUCUACACCGACUCCGACCCCGGCAUCCUCGUCAGCAUCUACUCCAGCCUUGACUCCUACGAGAUCCCCGGUCCCGCUCUGUACUCUGGCGCCUCUUCCGGCUCCGGCUCCGGCUCCAGCGGCUCUGCCAGCUCCAGCGCUGCUCCCUCUGCCACUGCCGCUCCCUCUACCACCAAGGCUGCCGCCGGUGGUGCCCAGACCAGCACUGCUACUGCUUACCAGACCUCGACCGCUGUCGCCAGCGUGACCGUCACCGGCACCCCUGCCCAGCAGACCAAGGUCCAGGAAGCCGCUACCACCGCCGCCGCUGCCACCUCCACCGGCAGCUCUGACUCCACCGCCCCUGCUCCCUCCGGCACCAGCAGCGGCAGCCUGACCGAGUACUUCAACUCGCUCUCUGCCGACCAGUUCCUCAGCCUCCUCAGCGAGACCUUCUCGUGGCUGGUCACCGACAAGAAGCACGCUCGUGACACUUCUGCUUAAAUCAAUCGAUAGGUCACAGGAAACCGGGUUUUGAACCGAAUCGACGUUCUUUUCCUACAAUCUUCAACCUGAAGGGUUGGACCUACUUUCUACCUUUUAAAUAAUGGAUCCGAGAUCAUUACGUGUGUAACUAGAAAAAUUCAUUUUUGGAACUUCAAGC